ACAGAUCGCACGAAUUCCGGCUCCGUCUUCCGCAACAAGCAACCACAGAGAGCGGCGUGUCCGAGAAACGACAAAUUUUCCAGGACAACUUCGGAACUUUCUUAACGAAUCAGCGGCCUAAGGAAUCGAUACCUGUAUAUCCAGGGGAACUCCCGCGGAUAUAUGGAACAUGCACUGCCGUGUGUUCUAAGUGAAUCCAGUAAAGUUCGUAGUCCCCACUGGUGAAAUUCAUAUACUUCGUCCCGUAUAUGAACUUAGGGUCGGUCAGGAUAGUCUCCGCCUGAUGAUCUACUUAGAAGGAGAGUACAAUGCCUGAACAAUCGAAACCCCCCCUCCACCGAAUCGAGCUCGGUGCUGUGACUCCACACAACUUCCGGCAGUUGAAAUGCGUGAACUCCGUUGUUUUCCCCGUCAUCUACAAUGACAAGUUCUACCAAAACGUUCUAGAGAAGGGAGAAUUAACGAAAUUGGCGUAUUGCAAUGACAUCGUGGUUGGAGCGGUUUGCUGUCGGAUUGACACUGUCGGUAACCAAAGGAAACUCUAUAUCAUGACUCUGGGCUGUUUGGCUCCCUAUAGGAGACUCGGCAUCGGUUCGGUCAUGUUGAAACAUGUCUUGCAAUAUGUUGAGAAUGACGGGAACUUCGAUUCGAUUUAUCUGCAUGUCCAAGUGAACAAUGAUAGUGCCAUUGAAUUCUACAAAAAGUUCGGUUUCCAAAUCGUGGACACUAGGGAAAAGUACUACAAGAGGAUCGAACCGGCGGACGCCCACGAGCUACAGAAAACCAUCCGGCCUUUGAAAAGUGAAAACACGAAUGGUAGUCAUGAGUGAUUAGGCCGAUGGAUGCGUGGUUGAACGAGUGCUUGGACUGAGCUCGAAGCGAUCGUUGCGCUCGAACAAGUCAGAGAGAUAACAAAGAAUGCCGAAGCAUAUGUAUUGAAGCGGAACAUGAGAGCAUAAAAUAAAAAUCGAAUUAUUGAAUCGAGAA